CCGUCACCCACAUUUCCUCAUCUGCUUGGUUGUGAAGCGAUUGGUCUUGCGUUAUUCCUAAUAUGUCGCAUACACAAGCGGAAAGUGUGAUCAAGAACAUUAUAAGGGAGAUAGCCCAAGAGUGUGCAGCCAAGGGCCACACUGUAUCAGAGACCAUGAUAGCGUUCGUGGUGAAAGCUAUUGUUUUAGACCCCAGAAAUGGAUUUAAUGUGGAUCGAACUCUGACAAAGGAUGAUGUCCAGAAGCUUAUCAAGCUUUGCGUGGAUCGACUUCUUGACACCAAGAGCCCCUCCCUGGAAACAAUUAAGAUGCAAGUGUAUUUUGACUUGAAUUAUACAACCAGAGGUGAAUUUCUCGAAGAACAUCAUCGUGUCCUGGAAUCAAGACUGGCACCAGUGAGCAGGGAAAUCACUGACAGUCGAGCGCGCACGGCCGAGGAGUUAGAGAGCCUUUACCGGAAGAUUGUCAGCUAUGUUCUACUGAGAUCUGGCCUUGGGUCUCCGACUGAUAUCAAGGUUGUCAGAGAAGCUACAGCUGCCCUUCAGAGCAUCUUCCCCCACACAGAGCUCGGUACCUUUCUAUCCCUCGCCAAAAAAGACAAAGAACGGCAGCUAAAAGAGCUCACCAUGAUUGUGACUGGGAUCCGACUGUUCAAUAAAGACUGCGGAAAAGGCGGAGAGGGUAUUGAUGACUUGCCAACUAUCCUAAGAGAGGCCAUACCAGCCACCACAAAGCAUAUUGAUUCAGAACUUCAGUCAUCUCGGGAUAUCAUAUAUAAUUACACUGCCCUCAUAGAAGACAUGGAUGGCAAACGGCAGAAAGGCAACGUGCUCAACCUUUCCCAGCUGAAAGAAGCACUCUACAAUGCGAGGCAGCACGAGGCUCUAGUAAAUAUUAUUCUGGCGGAUGUCAUGACAUGUGCACAACAACUGGAAAUGAUGGAUAAACAGUACGGAGCACAGAUGGAACAAUUAAAAGCCACUGUUCAAUCAAAGACCGCAAUCCCUACUACACAGGUCUAUGUAAGUAGCGACCACAGUGUGUAA